AUGAGAUUAGCCAACUGCGCAGGAGAUAUUAUAGUGCUCAAGUGUACGCGCAGACACAAGUGCACUCUCUAUUCCUAUCACUUUCAUACUCCGGUGGGACGACCACUCGACACGACCGUGUACAAGAUCAUUAAAUACAGAUCUGAGAAAGUAAAAAUGGCGAACAGUAGUAAGGAAGAUCUACUCCCACCUACCACAUUGCAAGAAGCUUCAAACAUGAUAAAUUUUCUAAAACUUUCACAUAAGCAAGAAAUUGCAAAAAUAAAGGAAACAUGCCUGAAACAAGCUGAAAUAAUAAAAAAAUUGGAACAAAAUCGAAAGAAAGAACUUGAAUAUUUAUCCAAUGAACUACAUAAAUAUGAAUUAAGCCUUGCUCUUAGAACAGAGGCGGUGAAAAAACAAUUAUCACAAAAAGAUGAUAUUAUUCAAAAGCAGGAAGAAAUAAUUGCUGAACUCACUGAAAAACUAAAAGUUAAGGAAAAUUAUGUGGUGCCUGAAAUGACAAUACAAGUCGAGUCGAAUUCUGACUCCGGUGUUGCUAUGGAAAAUGAAGAACUCGAUAAUUCACAUAAAACUGAACAAAAUACUGAAACAAAGACAAGUAGAAAAUAUAGUAGAAGAUUUGCAGAUCCUAUUAGCUUCCUACGUAGAGUUGACUUUUCUCCCAUGAAAUAUAAGCCUAGUAAUAGAGAAGGUGCUAAAAAGAAGGAAGAAAAGAAGAAAACUCUAGAGGUUGCCAAAUCUAAUGUCCUAGACGAAUGGGUUCGAAAUCGUGCCAACGACCAAGAUGAUUGGGUUCAACAUCAUCUUGAAAAAACUACAAGUGAUGAAGAUGGACUCUCUAAGGAUGUCUUGUUUUCGGACGAAACAAUUGAACCAGUUAUAAUACAGACAAAAAAAAUGAACGACAGUAUGAAUAAUCAUUUCUCUGAUGAUGGAAGUGAAGAUACCAGUGAAGAAAUCUUCGACAGAGUCAUGACCAGAAGCAGCAUCCGAAGAUCUGUUAAAGCAAAUCCUAAGUAUAAAAAAAUAAGUAGGACAAAAUCGAAAAUGCUAGAACAUUAUAAAGUAAACAUAAUUGAC